CUGCAGAUGUGGAGCAGAUGAGUUCCUCCUCUCCUGUCCUCCCUGUGAACUCCGUGGGCAAUGAGCGGGUGGAUCAGCGAACCUGCCUGAUCUGCGGCGACAGGGCCACGGGGCUGCACUAUGGCAUCAUCUCCUGCGAGGGCUGCAAGGGCUUCUUCAAGAGGAGCAUCUGCAACAAGCGCGUGUACCGCUGCAGCCGCGACAAGAACUGCGUCAUGUCCCGCAAGCAGCGCAACCGCUGCCAGUACUGCCGGCUGCUCAAGUGCCUGCAGAUGGGCAUGAACCGCAAAGCAAUCAGGGAGGAUGGCAUGCCAGGAGGCAGAAACAAAAGCAUUGGACCUGUCCAGAUAUCAGAGGAAGAGAUUGAGAGAAUUAUGUCUGGGCAAGAAUUUGAGGGAGAGGCAAACAUGUCAUGGAGCAACAACGGAGACAGUGACCAUAGUUCCCCUGGAAAUGGAGUUUCUGAGAGCAACCAGCCUUCACCUGUUUCUACUCCAUCUUCAAGGUCGGUGGAGCUGAACGGCUUCGCUGCACUCAGGGAUCAGUACCUGGGCACGCCGGUGUCCACGCACUACCAGUACCUGCCGCACCUUUUCAGCUACUCGGCGUACAAAGUGACUCAGGCAGAGCUGUUUGCGCUGCUGUGUCGUCUGGCGGAUGAAUUGCUUUUCAGGCAGAUUGCCUGGAUCAAGAAGCUGCCGUUCUUCUGCGAACUCUCCAUCAAGGACUAUACCUGCCUGCUCAGCUCUACGUGGCAGGAGCUGAUCCUGCUCUCCUCGCUCACUGUUUACAGCAAGCAGAUCUUUGGUGACCUUGCAGAUGUCACCUCCAAGUACUCUCCCUCUGACGACGAGCUGCACAGGUUCAGUGAAGAGGGGAUGGAGGUGAUGGAACGUUUGAUCUACCUCUUUCGCAAGUUCAACCAGCUGAAGGUCAGCAACGAGGAGUACGCCUGCAUGAAAGCCAUCAACUUCCUAAACCAAGAUAUCAGGGGUCUGACCAACGCCUCCCAGCUGGAGCAGCUGAACAAGCGGUACUGGUACGUUUGCCAGGACUUCACAGAGUACAAGUACCCCCACCAGCCAAACCGCUUCCCGGAUUUGAUGAUGUGUUUGCCAGAGAUCCGCUACAUUGCAGGAAAAAUGGUGAAUGUCCCUCUGGAGCAGCUGCCUCUCCUUUUUAAGGCCGUUCUACAUUCCUGCAAGACGAGCGUGAGCAAAGAGUGAGCGCAGCUGGCCCCGGCCGGUGCCUUGCGCGGAGCCUGGGGCAGAGGCCAUCCAGGCAGGAGACAGGGCACUGCGCCUCCCUGCCCUCGUAGCAAGAAUCUUUUUUGUUUGUUUUUGUUUUUUUACUCGUUUUCCUAUAUAUUUAUUUCACGACAGAGUUGAAUGUAUGAUCUUCAACACGAUGCACAUGGUUCUGUAAGAAUGCAGCAGAUGCAUUCUCCAGCAGUUUACAGAAUGUGAAGAUGUUUAAUGUUACAGUGUUUGUUAGGGUUAGUUCUUUUGUAUUUGGGGCUGGGGACCGAGAUGACUAAGACUACCUCAAGGAGAAGAUGCUAUUCAUGCACUGCUCUUUCCGUGAUUUGCAUCCAAAGCAUUUGUCACAGAGAGCAAAUGUUGACAGAGCUGUUAUUAUCCCAAAGGGACGACUUUGGAGAAGUGGGUGCUAGAGAAGUGCCAAGCUUUUUCUGUAAUUUUAAAAAGGCAGGAGUGGAGAAGGAGAAGUCUGUCUAGGCAGCUGGUUUCUUUUUCCCUGGCAGUUUUCAGAUGCAGGUUUCCAGUGGGAUGGCAGUGCUCUGAGGGGCUCCCUGGCCCUGUGCUGUCUGGGGAGCUGCAGGGGGGUCUGUCCCAGCCCCUCCUGGCCAACUGCCCUCUUACUAUUGCCACAACACCUGCCAAUUCCUCUGAAUUUGUGUUCCUGCAGCUCAGGACAGGCUCCUGGCAUUGCACAAAGGUGCUUCUGUUGCUAGAGGAUGGCAAGGACUUUAUCAUCACUUCCUUUAAAUCCAUUUAAGUUUACAAAAGCAGGAAAAGCCUACUUAGAGAAGAGGCAGGAUUGCCCCUGUUAAUGUGUUCCUCCAACAUGGUACCUGACUUCUGAGGCUUCUGCAUUGCAGCAAUCCCCAUUUUGGGAGCAGUUAAAUGGGGCCUGUGUAGUGGGGCGAGGGACUCCAGUGUCCUCUGGCACGGCUUUCUCUGCUGGACUCAGGGAAUGGAUGUUCCAUAGAUAGAUCCUGCCAGGACUGCUCUGUUCCUUAUGGAAUCCCAGGAAAAACUACAUUACUGUUACAUUUGGUUACCUGUCAUGUUCUAGGUGUUGCCAGGCUUGGAUUUCAAUCUCACAGGCUCUCCACAGCUCCAGAUGGAGAACUGGUUUAAUGACAGCUGAUUAGCUGAUUGAGUGAUUGCUUGGUGCUGAUGUUUAGCUAAACUUGGGCAUUCUCAUGAGUGAUCUCAUGAUUUCCUGCUCAUGAUGGGGAGGUUUGGAUGAGAUGCUCUUGAUCUCAUCUCCUGCAUUAGGAAUUAAUAUUCAAAGACUCUGUCACUCUCCUAGACAGCCUUGGCUGGAUUUCCUUCCCUGCCUCCUUAGAUGUAAAUCUGGCAUUCACUUAGCAAGGUGGCUCUUCGAUAAGUAUUUGAAUGCUGAUUUUGAAAUACUUGUGGGAACAACUUUUGUUCCCUCAGGGCAGGAGGCACGAGUCACUACCUUGUCUUUCCCUGGUGGCAGCUGCGUGGCACAGAGCAAGCACAGCUCACAGGGCUGCAGCUGCUGUGCGUGAAUGUGAUGGUGAGCAGGAAGGAGGAGAAUCCCAUUCCCCAAAGUCGUCCCUCUCUCCCUCCCUGCUGUGCCCUGCGGGUUUGGCACAGCCUGCUCACACCACACCAGGCCCUGCUGCCGCCUCAGCACGGGCAUCCAUCCUGCUGGGGCAUCUCCCAGCUCAACGAUUCCCUCUUCUCAAAGUCCAUAGCUGUUCAUUUUCCAUUAUUUAAACAGGAGGUUACGGGUACCGGCUGCUGGGCACAGCAGCGGCUCAGCUCGGUGGAGCUUCGCACCCAAAGGUGGUUCCAUAAAUCUCAUUUACUUUCUGUGUGUAUUCUCAGGAAAGCCUUCUGCAUACAGCCAAUACCUCAUGUGUUCAGGGGAAGAUUGUAGUGUAUCUGUUUGUGAGUUAGAAUGUAUUUCUCAGCUUUUGAGUUUAAUUUCCAAAUAGCUUGAUAUGAUCUUUUUAUUACGGGUUAUUUCUGGCUUGCUGUUCUAUACACUCAAGGAAUUGUUAAAAUUGCAUAGGAGUGAUUUUAUUCUACAGUUACUGAAUUAUUAUAAUCUGUUGAUGAAUAAGUGUUUUAAUUAGUGUACAUAAAAGCAGUAAUCUUGUUGCCAGCUACCCAACAGAAAUAAUCUAUUGGGUAAUCUGUGGUUUUCCAAAAUAGCCUCCCAAAACUAAUGCUGUACCAACAACAACCAAAAACCUAAAUUCAGUUAUGAUGACAAACAGACAUGAAUGUUCCACUUUCUGUUGUAGAAAGCAAAUUUUACAGCGGUUGAUUGGCAGCAGUAUCCGUUCCCAAAUACACAUUUGCCAUAGAGAGUAGAAAAUCCUUCCUGAACUGACAGGUAAGGAAGCAGCAAACAGACCAGAUGGAAUCACAGGACAGUCAUUCCUGAUAUCUUCUGCACCAAGUCCUCUAAUGGCUUGUAUUUUUUAAACAGGGUAAUGUGAAUGUGUUGCAUUGCAAACUCAGGUAUUAUGAGAAGGUAGGAAUGUAGCUAGAGAUGUAGAGACGUUAGGUAGAUGUAUUUGUGAAUUUGGUUUGAAGGACACCCUGGAAAGGUUGGAAUUUUUGUUCCAUUCUUCAUGUAACAUUCAGUUUACAGGGACUCAUAUUUUAUUUGUGCUUAAUGCUACUAGGGGGAAGUUCAUUAUCUUUGGUAUCUAUCUGCUCUUGCUUAUCUGACCUUCUGUCAUAGAGAAAUCUAUCAACAAUAAUAGUCUUUGGUAGAAUUUUCUGCCAUGACAAGUCAAUUUUUAUCCCCGAUUUGAAAGAUAGAUUGGCUGGCUGACCCCUCUUCUCCUUCAAAGCAACUGUGCAGAUAGAAAGCUGAAGAGUUACUUUUAAUCCGAGCAGAGAUUUGGGACAUAAAUUCAAAGCGCUCAGGGGAGGCUGCUGAGGAGCAGCUGGAAGGGUCCCGCUCACAGGGCUGCACCCGGGGCCUCAGCAGAACCUUCUGGAAAGUGAGUGAGUUCUCUUCCCCUUGGGCUCAGGCUGUGCCGGGGGCUGAGCCUUGACCCCUCCGUGUGGCUGCUCUCAUUGCUGGGGAAGCCUUGGUGGCCCCGUCCCCAGCCACGCAAAGGCUCAAGAGGCUCUGCCCUGAUCCCUCCCCUGCGCCAGCAGGACCUGCCCUUGCUCCUCAGGCUUCUGCACAGACCCACAGCCACUUCAGCUGACGGAGCGUGAGUCUUGUCCUUCAAACCAACUUUUUUAAAAGAAAACAACACUUGAAUUUCUUUUAUCUUUACUGCGUUUUUUAAAAGGAAAAAAAGAAAAAAAAAAGAUUCUCCUGUGAAUGUGCUAUUUCCCAUUCAUUCUUUCUUUCUUGGUUUUGAUUUGAAGCUGUGAAGCUCGGUGUCUGUGAAAAUGUUGUUAUUUCUCAGGAUAAUAAGCGGCAAUCAUCCCUGCCACAUGAAAGGCAGGAGAAAGGGGGAAACUUGGGGAACUAGUUAAAGUAUGAAACUAAUUUUUAAGUUGUAGAUGAUGUGUAAAUGGAGGGGAGUGCAUAGCUAUCAGUAUCAAGCUGUGGUGUUUCUCUGGGUUCACGGUGUGUUGUUUCAAUGCACAGAAGCUCAGGGAUAAGUAUUUAAAAUGUGACCCAGAGAAACCCUAGUUUUGAUGUUGCAACAGUUGCUUCUUUCCCGACUUGUCUGGAGGGCCCUGGAGAGCUGACAGAGCCCCAAAUGGGGAUUUUGGGGGGAAAACUCUGGGUUUGGCUGUGGGAAGUUUGCCUGCUGAAGGCUCAGACACGGUGCUGUGGGCAGAGCAUCCCAAAGGUGCACGGGGCUGUACGAGGCUGUGCCCUUGCACCAGCCAGCAGCUGGGGACCAGCUCUGCCUGUGGGGCUCCGUUUCUGCAUUCCCUCAUCCUAAAUGUUUGACUGUUCAUGGAAAAUGGAAAAGGGGAAUUUCUCAUUGUGUCCCUGGCAGCCAGUUACAGUGCUCUUUACUCUGUUUGUUGCUUAUGAAUUCUUAAUUUUCAUCAGUUCAACUUUCUCACUGUGUUUGUAGGAACAGUCAGCUUGAGAAGGGCACUGGUGUGUGACUCUGAUUGGGUUACAGCUGCUAUGAGUGUCCAAACAGCCCCAUCCAGCCACAGACAGGGCCAGCACUGAGAGUCAGCAAAAGUUAGAAGGGCUGAAACCCCUUCCCAGCACCCUCAGCCAGACUCUGCAAAUCUGAGUUUAAACCAGCCUCACAAAAAGCUGGGGAGGCCAAUCCAGGCAGUGUCUUUCCCUUGGAAAAAAAAAAAAAAUUAAAAAUAGCUCCUGUGAGCUGCCCUCUGACAAGUCUGUGAAAGAAGCAACAUGGAUCAGUGGAAGAAAUGCCCCCAAGGGCAAAAAGAAACAGAAAUUGAGACCAGGUGACGAUCAACCUUAACAAAGCCUUUUGUGAUUCAUUGUUUCUUUCAAUUUAUAAAAUGUCUUGUAAUAGUUGAUAACAUUAUUGACUCAAUUUCCAUAACUAAACUACCUCGUGUGACAUCCUGUUUAUCAUCUCAAAGGGAUUGUGUGAAAAACUAAACACUGCCAGUGUCUGUUGCCGGCGAGGAGCAGGGGCUGUGAUUGCUGGAGUUGUUUCCCUUCCCGUGGGCUGGCUCCUGUCACUGCUGUGUCCUGUGCUGAGGCUGAGCUCUGCUGUCCCUCCCUGGGGACAGUUUGGGUUUUGUGGGUGCCCAUUCCAGCUCAGUCCUGGUCAGAGGCUGUCCGUGUGACCUGGGAGCCCGCAGUGUGUCCGUCCUGGGCAGCCCGGGGAGGCAGCGGGCAGUUUGCUGCUGUGUCGGCCCCUUGCUGGUGUGAGGGAUGUUCCCAAGAGGGUCAGUGCCAGCUGCUGGCUCCUUGGUGACAUUCCCAGUGAUGGUUUCUCCCUUGAUUUUUCCCACAAUCCCUUGUGUAAAUCAGGGAAGCAGGAUGUUCGGCAUGGCACACGGUGAGCAUUGGCACACUCGGAGCCGGGGCUGGGGCAGCAGGGUGUGCCUGGCCCCGUGUCACCGCAGGGGAACGGGCACCGGGAGCUGCCCCCUCCCCACACUGCGACCAAAUGAAUGUUUCUGCCGGCGGCUCCGCCUCAGCCCGCCCGCCCCUGCUCCGCUGCUCCGCUCUGGGACUUGACUACCUGUGGAAAUGUGACCAAUAAGUGUUGAAUGCAUGUUUAGUGAGUGUUUAGCUGUAUGAACUAAUAAAUGUGAAAUGUUCUGCA